UGACCCCCAGCAGCGCCCGGCGCCUGCUCCCAAUCAGUUUCAGUCCCCAACCCCAACCCCGCCGCCGCCGCUCGACGGCUCAACUCCUCUCCGCGCUCGACGGCUCCCCGGCAAACCCUCGCUCCUCAGCUCCCCAGCUCCGACUCCGAGCAACCUGAUCCGGCCAUGGGCGUCGUCACCCGCGCUCAAGCGAAGACGAUGAAGUCGCAGCAACCCGACAGCGGAGAGCCGCCGCCUCGGGGCGGAGGAGAAGCGGGAGGCCCCGAUCUGAUCAGCCUUCUCCCCGACGAGAUCCUGGGCAGCGUCAUCUCGCUCCUCCCGACCGAGGAAGGCGCCCGCACCCAGAUCCUCUCCUCCCGGUGGCGCCACCUCUGGCGCUCCGCGCCCCUCAACCUCGACGCUUCUGGCGUAAUGUUCAGUCAUGCCGUCGUCUCCCGCAUCCUCUCCGAGCACCACGGCGUUGGUCGUCGUUUCAGCAGCCCGCGCUUCAUCCGACCCGACGACUCCGCUACUUUGGACGGCUGGCUCCGGUCCCCAGCCCUCGACCAGCUCCAAGAGCUACAUUUAUCCUUCCACCCCCACAUUUUGCCCAGCCCUAUGAUGCCUCGUUCUGCAAUGCGGUUCGCGUCCACCCUCCGCGUCGCUACAUUCAGCUUCUGCGAAUUCCCAGAAGACGCAGCACAGCAGCUCCAGUUCCCCAAUCUGCAGCACCUCGAACUUACAUCAGUGACCAUCUCGGCUCGGAGGACUCUCUGCACGCCAUGGUGGCUGGCUACCCCGCUCUGGACAAAUUUGUACUCGGAUACAUCCGUGGGUCUUCACUGGGACCGCAGGUGCCACUUUCUGCCCUGCAUUCCUUGUCCAACAUCCGCAUUGCCAAAUUUCAAGGCUGCCAAUUUCCAGAAGGCAUUGUCCACCAGCACCAGGUGCACUUCCCUAACCUCCAGAGCCUCGAACUUGCCCUGGUCACCAUCUCAGAGGCCUCCUUACACGCCAUGCUCUCCGUCUGCCCUGCUCUAACACAGCUUAAAACUGGUUUAUAGCACUGGCUUCCGCCAAUUCAAAAUCAUUGUUGAGAAUGCCCCUUGUCUAGAAACACUUCACCAUGAGGGGCCGCGCGAAUACAACAUGCACAUCACAAUAAUUACGGCACCAAAAUUGAAGAUUCUUGGCCGCCUCACUGAUACUAACAUUUCCAGGCUUGAGCUUGGCACCACUGUUUUUAAGGGAUCGCCUGACUGUAGAAUGGCUACAGUGGUGCGCACUGUGAAGGUUUUAGCUCUCAGGCUUGAUAAUCGUAGACUGGAUGUGGUUAUUAACUUCAUGAAAUGCUUUCCCUGCGUGGAGAAGUUGUACAUCAAGACAUCUGCAGCCUGGAAAAACACACAGCGUCGUUGUUCCCCGGGCCGUAUUGAAUGCCUUGAUCACCACCUUAAGAAAUUACAGAUCAGUUACUAUUCGGGCAAAAGGCCACAUGUUCAGUUUGCUAAGUUCUUUGUACUGAAUGCGGGUGUGCUAGAGUCCUUGGUGCUUGAUGUUUAUCCUAAUAAACACAAAUCUGAUCGGUGGAUCGAAAAUCAGCGGAGGCUGCUCCAGCCAGAGAAGAGGGCAUCAAUUGGUGCUCAAAUUGAUUUCACUUUUGGUGAUUGUUCCAGUUAUCUUCGUGAUGGUUAGGACUUAGGAGUUUCAAAUCCAUGAUAGUAUAGAUGUUGAAACUUUGCUAUUCUUCUUUUAGGAGCUAAUCUUCUAUCCCAUCCGUGUUGUGUAGCAUCCAAACUGUGCUUGUAAUAUAUGAAAUCAUGUGUUUUCCUGAUGCUAUGAUUUCAACCAUCUGUGCUUUUGUCAUUACUUUCUCCGUGAGUGGUGACAGCACAUUUUGAAUUUGCAUCUUAUAUUGUUUGAAUAAUUCUUACACA